GCAAGCCAUGCUCAGAAUGAUCUUGAUCACGGCCAAGAACAGUGUGAUUUCACAAUAAAGGAGGCAACAUGAAAAUUAAUAUUUUAUUUUUAAUAUUAUUUUAUUUACUACAAAAUAGUUCAAGUUAUGAUUAUAAUUAUGAAGAAUAUGUGACUGUUGAAGAAGAAAAUUAUGCGGUACCGAGAGAAUGCAGAGGUUACUGUGACGAAAAUGGGUUUAGAGAAAAGAGGUCAGGAUCUCAAGUCAAAAGUCAUGUCUUAGAAGCAAUGAUGAGCACUAAGGUGUUACCUUUGAAAAAGGAUGAACCUGAUAUAUUUGCGUUAAGAGACCAGUAUGAAUUGCCUAAAGGUUUCAAAGGACCCUUAUCGGAAUACGACUUCAUCAUAGUGGGGGCAGGAUCAGCUGGGAGCGUGCUGGCUUCCCGUCUCACGGAGGAUAAAAAGACGACGGUCCUGCUCAUAGAAGCUGGUCGUGGAGAGUCACUGAUAACAGAUGUACCCAUUCUGGCACCAGUACUCCAACAAACUGAUUACGUGUGGCCUUACCUCAUGGAAUACCAGCCAGGAGUUUGCACGGGGAUGGUGGAUGGAAAGUGCUUCUGGCCGAGAGGUAAAGCGGUGGGUGGGACAAGCGUGGUCAACUACAUGAUCUACACCAGGGGCAUGAAGGAGGACUGGGACAGGAUCGCAGCAGCCGGCAACUAUGGAUGGUCAUACGACGAUGUCAUACCGUACUACAUCAAAUCGGAACGAGCCGAUCUUAAAGGACUUAAAAACUCGCCGUGGCAUGGACGAGAUGGUGAACUCUCCGUGGAAGAUAUCCCAUUCAGAUCUAAGCUAUCAAAGGCCUUUCUGGAUGCAGCGAAACUAUACGGUCAUCGCAGAGUAGACUACAACAGCCCAGAUGCAUUUGGCUUCAAUUAUAUUCAAGCAACACUCACCAGAGGGCAGAGGGCCAGCAGCGCCAAAGCAUUUCUACAUAAGAACAAAAAGAGGAAGAAUCUACACAUCUUAAUAUCCAGCAGAGCAACUAAAGUUAUCAUAGACCCUAUCAACAAACAAGCAGUUGGUGUUGAAUUCCAUAAAAACGGACGAGUGUACCAAAUCAGAGCCAACAAGGAAGUGAUUCUUUCAGCAGGUCCCAUUGAAUCACCACAUCUACUAAUGCUUUCUGGCGUAGGGCCAAGAAAACAACUGCAAUCUUUUGGAAUACCCGUAAUACAAGAUCUUAAAGUGGGUGAAUCACUAUACGAUCAUAUUUCCUUCCCGGCUUUAGCAUUUACUUUGAAUCAGACCAGAUUGACACUUGUUGAGAAGAAAAUAGCUACAAUACAGAAUACAAUCCAGUACGAUCAAUAUGGUGAUGGUCCUAUGUCUUCUUUAGCCGGAGUUGAAACUAUUGGAUACAUAAAAACGAAUAUAUCAAAUGAAAUUGGCGACUAUCCAGAUAUUGAAUUAUUAGGAUCUUGUGCCUCUUUAGCUUCUGAUGAAGGAACGAUUGUAGCCAAAGGAAUUCGAAUGGCUGAUUGGCUCUACAAUGAUGUCUACAAACCAAUAGAAAAUGUCGAAAGUUUUACUGUAUUGUUCAUGUUACUGCAUCCUAAAUCGAAAGGUUAUUUGAAGUUGCAAUCAGCAGAUCCCUUCCAACAACCCGCUCUAUAUGGUAAUUACCUGACGCAUCAACAGGACGUGGACACAAUGAUAGCUGCAAUAAGAUAUAUUAUCAAACUCGUGGACACACCACCGUUCAGGAAAUACGGAGCAACAUUGCACAAAAAGAAAUUCCCGAACUGUAAACAAUAUGAGUUUGGAAGUGACAAUUAUUGGGAGUGUGCUGUAAGGGCAGUGACUGCGACGUUGCAUCAUCAAAUAACGACGUGUAAGAUGGGUCCUCCCACAGAUCCUGAGGCAGUGGUAGACCCAGAGCUGAGAGUGUACGGAAUCAGCAAUCUACGAGUUGUUGACAGCAGUAUUAUCCCGAGGACGAUAGUCGCUCACACUAACGCACCAGCCAUUAUGAUUGGAGAAAAGGCUGCCGAUAUGAUUAAAAGGACUUGGAAGCUAUUCUAAAUAAAACAGAUUUAAAGUUUUCCUGCGACUGAAACCAGUUCGAAUGGAGAUCUAUGCUCAAGCAAAGCCACCGAUAGGAUAUGUAUGAAAUCAUUCACAAGAACGAUGUGACUAAUUCCUUUAGGAUUAAGACAUAACCUGGUGUCGAGGUUAUUUAGAUUAAUUUAAUUUUAAUAGACUUAUAAGAUAAGUAGGUAAUAUUUAUUUAAUUAAAACAAAAUUAAAUUAGCCGCGUGCAUUAUUUGACUUCUUCGUAUGUCUAGUCGUUGUAAGUGCUAUUGCUGAAUGCACCUCGCAAAGUUUCACGAUUUUACUUUUAACUAGUAAUUAGAAGUAAUCUAAGCAGCACGUAGUACAGGUUUGUAUACGUAACUGUAUACAAGGAAAACUUCGACAUACUUGGAUUACUAGCAGACAUUGUAAGGUAAAAUUAUGACAAGGAAAAUAUUACAAUAAACGAUUCAACUAAGAAAAACA